AAGCGCGUGAGAAGUCUCCUCAUUCUAUGGUCCUCCAUAGCCUCCUUCCUGCUGGAAGCAUUGGCGGAGUUCGAGCAGCUCAACAACUACUCAUGCGCUUUACACGGUGGGUCCUGGACGGCUACAGGUUCACUUCUCGUUCAUCUCCCACAAACUGCAGGAGCUUUUGUACUUCACAGUCUAUGAUGUCGUCGAGGCACUCUCACGCCAAAAGAAUUGAGGGACUGGACAAGAAUGUUUGGGUGGCGUUUACAUCAGUAGCAGCCGACCCAUCCAUUGUCAACCUCGGCCAAGGCUAUCCAGACAUCCCCCCACCUUCUUAUAUCAAGGAGGCCUUGGCAAGCGCUGCGUCAGUGGAUCGCAUGAACCAGUACACCAGAGGUUUUGGUCAUCCAUCCUUGGUUAAAGCCCUUUCUCAGGUGUACGGGGAGGUCUAUGGACGUCAGGUCGACCCUUUUAAAGAGAUCCUGGUCACGGUCGGUGGUUAUGGCUCCUUAUUUAGCACCAUGCAAGGCCUGGUGGAUGAAGGAGAUGAGGUGAUCAUAGUUGAACCUUUCUUCGAUUGCUAUGUACCAAUGGUCAGGAUGGCAGGAGCCAAGCCUGUGUUGAUCCCAUUGCGGCGUAAGUCUGGAAAGAAGACAGUCUCUAGUGCUGACUGGUAUCUUGACCCAAAAGAGCUUUCUGCGAAGUUCAGCUCUAAGACGAAGGCCAUCAUCAUCAAUACUCCCAACAAUCCUUUAGGGAAGGUUUUCACCAGAGACGAGCUGCAGGUGAUCGCAGACCUCUGUGUUAAACAUGACACGCUGUGCUUCAGCGAUGAGGUGUAUGAGUGGCUCGUCUAUAAGGGACACCAGCAUGUGAAAAUCGCUACUCUGCCUGGCAUGUGGGACAGGACGAUAACCAUCGGCAGUGCAGGGAAAACCUUUAGUGUUACCGGUUGGAAGCUUGGUUGGUCUAUAGGACCUGAGCACUUGAUAAAACAUCUUCAGACCGUCAUGCAGAAUACUCUCUACACCUGCGCAACACCUCUGCAGGAGGCAGUGGCUCAAGGUUUGCUGCAGAACUAUAAGCUGAUGGGUCAGCCCGACUGCUACUUCUCUUCACUGGCGGCAGAGCUGGAAGCAAAGAGGGACCGCCUGGCCGCCAUUCUGCAGGAGGCUGGGAUGACUCCAGUUAUCCCAGAGGGUGGCUACUUCAUGCUCGUGGAUGUGACACCGCUAAAUCAGGACCUGUCACAUAUGGGCGAAGACGAAGCCUAUGACUACAAGUUUGUUAAGUGGAUGAUUCAGGAAAAGAAAUUGGCUGCUAUUCCCGUCACAGCAUUUGUUGGAGAGGAGUCCAAGAAGCAGUUUGAGAAAUAUAUUCGCCUGUGCUUCAUAAAGGAAGACAGCACUCUGGAAGCAGCAGGGAACAUCCUAAGAAACUGGAGGACAGUUUAACAGGAUGUGGAGAGCGUGAAGAAAUCUGCAGAUGAGCCUUCAGUGACUUACAGUCCCUAUUCCUCACUACACAUUGUUACUGUUUUUGCUUUUUUGUUACACCUUCAUAUUUUAGAUCAUGACUGUAAUUUCAAUAAAAGAAAAAAAAAUAA